CGGACACCACAAUCGCCGAGUGAUUUAAAUCACGGAGAAAUGAAAUUUACAGAGCACUUGAGUGCUCACAUCACACCGGAAUGGAGGAAGCAAUAUAUAAAUUACGAGGAAAUGAAAGCACUGCUUUAUGCAGCUGUCGAGCAGGCACCAGCAGCAGAUAUUACAGAAUCACAUAUACUGGAACGUUAUUUUAAUAAAUUCGAUGAGAAGUUUUUUCAUUACUGUGAUAAGGAGUUGGCAAAAAUAAAUACAUUUUAUUCAGAAAAACUAGCGGAAGCUACACGCAGGUUUGCAACUCUAAAUAAUGAGCUAAGUGAAAUUUUAUCAGUUUCUGAAGACAAACAAGGAAGUCAUAAAACCCGUUAUCGUAAUAAUAUCCUACACAAGAAACCAAUUUCAGCACGUAAACUUCAAGAAUUAAAAUUAGCUUUCUCUGAAUUUUAUCUUUUUCUCAUUUUACUACAGAACUAUCAGAAUCUUAAUUUCACCGGAUUUAGGAAAAUAUUAAAGAAGCAUGACAAACUUUUAAACAUAGAUCUUGGAACAAAAUGGAAAGCAGAACACGUGGACACAGCAUUAUUUCACACGCACAAAGAUAUAGACAGGCUAAUUGCGGAAACAGAAGCACUGGUUACCCGGGAUUUAGAACAUGGGGACAGACAACGUGCUAUGAAACGUUUGAGAGUCCCUCCGCUCGGAGAACAACUUUCCCCAUGGAUUACAUUUAAAGUUGGAAUUUUUUCUGGAGCUUUCAUUGUACUUCUUAUAACAGUAAUACUUUCUGGUGUUUGGUAUAAAGAUAACAAUAAUUGGCGAGUUUUAUGUAGAUUGUAUCGUGGCCCACUACUUAUGAUUCAGUUUCUUUUUCUUAUGGGUAUAAAUGUCUACGGUUGGAGAUCUUCUGGUGUAAAUCACGUUUUAAUAUUCGAGCUUGAUCCCCGGAAUCAUUUAUCAGAGCAGCAUAUAAUUGAAAUGGCAAGCGUGUUUGGAUUAGUUUGGUCUUUAUCGAUUUUGGGUUUCUUGUACAGCGAAAUACUAGGAAUACCGCCGUUUGUUCAACCUAUGUUGUUAUACGGAUUAUUAGCAUUAUUUUUAUUUAAUCCGACAAAGACGUUAAGACACGAAGCUAGAUUUUGGGCACUUCGUGUAAUAAGCAGAAUAUUUUGCGCCCCGUUCUUUUACGUCGGAUUUGCUGAUUUCUGGCUAGCUGAUCAGCUAAAUUCCCUCCACACUGUUUUCUUAGAUUUCCAAUAUUUUGUUUGCUUCUACGUGCAAAAUUCUUCAUGGACCGACGUGACUGAUGCAGAAACUUGUAUAAUGCGCGAAUUGUCGAUGAGACCUUUUGUGGCUUGUUUACCAGCGUGGUUCCGAUUCGCACAAUGCUUGCGACGAUACCGAGACACGAAAGAAGCUUUCCCGCAUCUCAUAAACGCAGCGAAGUAUGCUACUAGCUUCUUUGUUGUUGUCUUUUCAUACCUACAUUUAACUAAUUCUAGUAAGUUUUCUAAUAGUUACGAUAACGAAAUAUCUGCUGAGAAUCCUUAUUUUUAUUUAUGGAUAACCGCAAGUAUAAUAAGUUCUUGUUUCGCGUACACGUGGGACGUGAAAUUGGACUGGGGUCUGUUCGAUAGUAACGCAGGGGAAAACAAAUUUCUUAGAGAAGAAAUAGUUUAUUCUUCUCCGUACUAUUAUUACUUCGCAAUAAUUGAGGAUUUCAUACUUCGUUUUGGUUGGGCAUUUUCUUUGUCCCUCACUGAAAUGGGAUACGUACAUGCAGACUUAAUGGUUUCCAUAGUCGCGCCGUUAGAAGUAUUCAGGAGAUUCAUAUGGAACUUUUUCCGUUUGGAAAAUGAGCACCUAAACAAUUGCGGGAAAUUCAGAGCGGUCAGAGACAUAUCUGUUGCACCGGUUGAUUGUUCCGAUCAAACUCAUAUAUUAAGGAUGAUGGAUGCAACGGACGGCGUGGUGAAUCGAAAGAGAAAACAAAAGUUCGCGGAGAAAAAUAAACUACCACGUGGACUUUCCAAAGGCGAAUCCUUGAUUUGUGAUCUCAAUACUUAAACAGAGUAAAUUAAUCCAUGACCAAAGAACUCGAUUAUAAAUUACGAUUCAUGCAACAUGGCCGUUAAUAACCGGCCGCAGUAUCGAAAAAUAAUGAAACCGAAUAACUUUACUGCUAGUCGUUAAAGCACAAAAAUAUAUCGAACAGAUCUUAUAAAUUGUAUUAAACGUAGAAAAUGUGUACGUAGUAUGAGUGUUGCAUAUGAUUGUUGUAAGACAUUAAUAGUUACGUUUAUAAUUUUGGCGCAACCCCUGUUUAACUAGCGAUUAUUCGCAGUCGCAAAGGAUUGAAAAUCAUUUUUCAUACAAAUUUCUUUUAAACGUACAAAAAUAUUGACCAGAAAUUGUUAAGAAUAAAGUAUUUUAAUGUUUUCAAUAAAAUUCUUUCCACUCCUUUUCUUUAUCGAUUACUCUAUUUAUAUCAAACUACCAUAUAAUCAUUUGUCCAGAAAUAAAUGUCAUUUAUCACAUCAUGAUAGGAAAUACUUUGUUACAUUAAGAAAUGUAACGUUAUGUACAGAAAAUAAAAGAUUUACGCGAAACAACAUGGCUAAAGUUAUGGAAAUAGUUAAACGAAAUGACGACUGUAGUUUUUGGUUUACUAGCGACCAGUGACCUAUUUUUACGAUUAAUCCUCGGAGUACACAUGGUAUUUCUUCAGAUAUUUUCUACUAAAAAUUUACUCGAAUCGAUCCGAUGAUCUUUCUAUAAAAGUUACGGGCAGCUACGU